AUGAAACUAAAAAAUAUAGAAUAGCCAUUCAAAACAAAGUAAUUCUUAGAUGACUGUAUGAAUGCAAGUGUUAAAUCGAUAAAUGUGUAAAAAUAAUUCAUGCUAGAAGUUCAUCAAUUAUGUGUAAUAUUUUAAGAUUUAUUUUAAAGAAAAAAUUCAGCGAAGAUUUACAACACUUAUAUGUAUUUAUAUUUCUUAGACAUUUAGAAAUUACUAAGUGUGUAAGUUGAUGAUGAAGAAACAUUAUCCUAAAAUACUGUCUUAUCUAAUUAUAUAUUGUCCAUUAGUCAUAUCAUUAAAUCAAGAUCAGAGAUUUUAUUUGAGGAAGCCAUAGAACCUUUUUAUCAGUUUGAAGCCAAUUAUAAUCAUUUAAAUAACUCCAUUUCCAAAAAUUAUGGGAUGUUAUUAGAUAAUUUGAAAACAUCUCAUGAAUUAUUAAAACACAAAGCAUCAGAGUAUGAAUAAAUUUAUAUUAUAAUUAGUUAUUAUGAAGAUUAAAAUCAAAUCCUAUAAGCAUAAAAUGAACAACAAUAUAAAUUAUCUCUUAAUUAAAUGAACUCUAUGUGGGAAUCAUUUUUCAAAGAAUUACCAUAAUAUUAUGAAUAAUAUUAAUUAAAUGAAGAAACUAGAUUGACAGUAACAGAACAAACAUUUGUUAAAUUUAUUGAAGCUUUAGAAUAUAUGUUCAAAUAACCAGCUAAAAUAACUAAUGAAAAAUUACGUUAAUCUUUUGAUAUAUAAAGAGAAAAAUUUUAAACUAGAGAUUUAUAUGGAGAAUUAUGUAUACAAUCAAAAAAAAUGAUUGAUUUUAUGAAUGAACCAAAAUGUGAAAUGUUUACAAGCAGAGAUGAAUAUUUUAGAAAUAAAGCAGCCUUACUUUUAUAAGAAUCCGAUUCAUCUAAAAAUUAAAAUUUUAAAGAUGAAGAUUUCAGAAUCAUAAAAUAAUUAUUUGAAAAACCUUAGUAAGUUCAAUAUUUUAUUUCAUAGAUAAAAUCUCUAAUUGUUAUAUAAAAUUAAGUUAAUUCCUAAUCUUACCAACAAAGAAAGAGAAGAAAUUAUAUCAUUUAUACUUGCAGAAUUGAAAUAAAAAAGUUUAAUCCAAUUACAAUCACAUUUUUAAGCUAAUUUUUUUCGCAUUCUAGUUUUUAAAUUAUUUAAAUGGUUUGAAGAUGACUUUUAGACUUAAAAAAUAAAUUCAAAGCUCAUUUAACAAUUCCUUUAAAUUAUUCAAAUAAGUUUAUCCUUAAAAAAUGAAAAAGGAUUUUCACUCCUUAGUACAAUUAGUAAAAAAGUAGAAUUCUUUUAUUCAUAAAGAUUAUGGAAUUCUGUAUAUGAAGAAUUAUUAACAAAUUAUAUUUUACAAAAGCAAAUGAUUGAUAUAACUUUAAAGUAUGUAUCAUUUCUUCAGACUCCAAACUCUAAAUUACAAUUACCAAAAGAAAUAGAUUAAAAAUAAGAUUCAAUAUUUAAUGGUUUAUUUUCAACAAAAACAAGAAAAAUAACUCAGAAUGAAUCAAUUAAUAUAGUAAAUCUAAUCCUUAUUGCAUCUAAUUUACCUCCAUAAACAACAUCAUCCAUUAUUAUGGAAAUAGUUAGAACAAUUUAAAUGAAACCAUCAAGUUCUAUACCAUUUAUUGAAUUAUAAGAAGCUAAUUAAAUGCUCAAAGAAUUUUAACCAUAAUUUAGAUAAAAAUAAUUAUCCUCAAAAAUUGGUAAAAGGAAGAAUACUAUUUAUUGUUUAUUGAAAUCGCUUAAAUAUUUAUAAUUCAAAGAAAACUAUUUAAAUGUCAUUUGUAUUUCAAAAGAACUUUCAAAAAUUAUCAAAACAAAAAUGAUUCAAUAUUUUUUGAUUUCAGAAGAAACAACAACUUUAAAUUUACAUCAAAGAGUGAGAUUUUGGAGUGAACUCUUAGAUAUAGAUGUGAAUUAUAAGAAAAUUUAAUAAGAUUAUUUAUCUGCUAGCAAAAAAUUAUCAAGGGAAAUUGAAAGAAGUAUUGUUGUUGACAUUAAAAGAUCAUUCUCCACUGAUUGUGAAGAUAGAGAUUAAAUAGUCAAUUAAUAUGAAAAUAAAUUAGAAAAUUUAUUAAGAUUACAUGCCUUUGAUUAUCCAGAAAUAUCAUAUUAUUAAGGAAUGAAUAUGCUUAUGGUAUUUUUCUUAUAUGUUACAAACUUAAAUGAAGAAUUGUCUUUCAGAUUAUUUAGAUCUUUAUUAGAAAAACUAUUAAGAGACAUCUUCUUAGAAGGUUUAAAAUCUAUGAGAAUGCACUUUUAUAUUUUAGACAGACUAAUUGCAAUCUUUUUACCAAGAUUGUUUAUUCAUUGGAAAUAAUUAUAAAUUGAGAGUCCUCAAUUUGCUACAGUAUUUUUAUUAUUUAAUUAGGCAUGGUAUGUUACUUUAUACACUAAUUCUAUUAACUUAAGUCAGAUAGACAAUAAUUAAGUUUGUUUUGAUAUUUUUGAAUUAGUUGUUGCAAGAGGGUGGACAGGUUUUUAUUAAUCAACUAUUGGUUUAUUAAAAUUCUACGAAAAGAUUCUCAUAGAAUUAGACUUUGACCAAAGUUAGAAAUUUUUAAAUAAUCUAUCUAAAACCCAAUUUUAUAAAUAAAAAAGUGAGUAAUAAAUUGAAGUACCAUUUUUUUCAAAUGUGAAAAAUAUGAAAGUAUCUAUUAAGAAACAGUUAAUUACUGAACUUGAAAGAGAGUAUUAUUAACUUAGAGAAAAAAUAGAUUAAAUUAAUUUAAACAAUUUGUGA